AUGCAGUCCAUCAUUCUCACAUCCCUCCUCGCCACCGCCGUGAGCGCCAACUUCAUGGCCCACCCCCUCAUGAAGCGCGAUCUCCUCGCCCCCCGCGCAACCGCCCCAGCCGUCGGCGGCAUCACAGAAGAGUGUCAAACCGCCAUCCUCGACGUCUACAAGACCCUCCCCACGCCUCCCCCCGCCAUCGUCUCCGACAUCACAGAGAACCCCCAGACCGACCCCUGCUCCUUCAGCACCCCUGCCUCCCUCUCCAAGGACUACGCCAGCUACAGCUCCCAGAUCCUGUCGUGGUACAGCAAGAACGAGGACGAGAUCAAGUCUGCUCUCUCAGAGUGCCCUGAGCUGAGCCAGUACGCUACUGCUGUUCCUGUCUGCGCUACUGCUGCUCUUGGUGGAAAGGGUGGUGAUGCUGAGAGUGCUACUACUACGGCUGAGAAGCCUGAGAAGACUACUGCUUCUUCCGGGGACAAGACUACUGCUGCUGCGGGUGAGGAGACUUCUGCUGAGAGUGACGCCGCUUCUACUCCUACCUCUUCUGCUGCUGCUGUUGAGACCAACGGUGCUGCUCGUGAGGGUGGUUUCAUCUACGCUGCUGCUGCUGUUGCCGGUGUUGUCGUCGCUGCCCUGUAA